UAAAGCACAUCUUUUAUCGAAUUAACAUAGAAAAUUAAAUCAUAUCUUAUUUUCAGUAUUGAUAUUUCUCCCAAAUUUUCAUUGUCAUGAGAAAUGUUUGACAAAUAAAAUUAAAUACAAUGAUUAUUUUUUUUCUUUCGGAUACUACUCGCGGUAAGUUUAAGCUUGCAGGUGACGUCACGGCAACGGGACAGUUAAAGGGAGAGUUGAAAGAUAUGACAAUGGCAAAAGAUGAUGAUAUAUAAACUCGCAAAUCGCAAAAUGGCAAAAUGGAUUGGCAUUCUGCUCGCACGUUCAGGAGAUGCGCGCGAAAGGAUCGACGGCAGCCAGUUUUCUACACGAAUUGUUUGCUACGAUGCUUCGUUCAUUCCGUCGCGGUCUGUCUGAAGAACUCGUUAAUGAUUACCAACCUCACACUCGACGGUAUCCCUCUGACGCCCAAAUAUUUAAGGAUCCUCAGUGAUGGCCUGGCAAAUAACCGUAAUCUGCGAAGCUUGUCGUUGGCCAGAUGUCGAAUAGGAGAUGCAGGAUGUUAUAUGUUGCUGGAAAGUUUGCAAUGUAAUUUAAAUCUACAUGUACUGAAUCUAUCGUCAUGCUGUCUCACUAAUAGAAGCGCUACAUACUUGUCAUCGUUGUUCUUUAAAAAGAGAAAAGCGGAUUUGCUGCAAAAUAUUUGGAAGGAGUCAACAUUACCUCGAGACGCUAACACAACGGUGGAGGAAGGAUUGCGAGUACUAAUGCUUGAUAGAAAUCAUCUUAGCGAUAUUGGCUUGAGGCAAUUGACACGUGUGCUGAAAAAUGACUUUUGGCUGAAGACACUGUGCUUACGAUGUUGCGGAAUCACUCAACACGGAGGAGAAAUUGUAUUGGAGCUUUUACAAACAAAUAGCGUGCUCACGCAGAUUGAUCUCAGGGAUAAUGAGGUGUCGGCUGACGUACUUGAAAUUAUUCGCAAGACUUUGAAGAAAAGGAAAAGCAAAGGGGAAAGAAUACCGAUGAAGAAAAGGUUGCUGAGCCACAAACAAGUCUUUGUACAAGAUAUGAUGCCAAAGAACAAAUCUUCUCAGCAUGUUCCAAAAAAGAACAAAUUUCUCAAAGAUCAAGCUCAAACCAAGACGCAAGAAGAUUGCAUUUUACAAAUACAGCAAACUACGCAUACACGGAAGAUGAGAAGAAAAGGUGAUAGAAAAUAUAAAUCACACAAUGUAGUAAAAACUCACAUCAAUUGGACCAACGCGGACAAAUUAAAAAAUCGGCUAUCUCUCAUGAUUGAACAUAAUCGGAACUUGAUAAGAAACUUGGAGAACAGCACCAAUUUUCUACUGAAGGAAAGAGAUCGUCGUUUGAGUGCCGAGGAAGCGUAUCAUAAGCUGCAACCCCGACUGAGAAAUCUUAGGAACAAAAUCGCUAUGCAAAAUUCUAUUCAUUCAAAUAUGUGUUACGAAAAUCAAGUUUACGCAAAUCUACAAAACAUGUUUAAAGACUUGAAAAUAUCUGCAAAUAAAAAAGUACUAAGAAUGGACGACAAAAGUCUUAACGACGAGGCUAGAGAAAAUAAAAUUAAAUCUAUUGUUUGUUAUCAUACGAAUCAACCGUUUAAAAAUAAAAUCGCCGAAUUUUCCCGUAGAAGACCGAAUUGUCCUAAAUAAAAUUGUGGCAUCGAUAAAUUUAGAUUAUUUGUAACUUGUACAAAUUAUAUGUCGUAUGACAAUUCAAUAUUGGAUUUAUACAAAUAGAAAUUAUACGAAUAAAUUAAUUAAU